AUGGACGAAAUACCAUCACCGCCUGCAAGGCAAUUUCGCUCCAAUGCCUCAAACAACUGGCGCGUAAAGGACGAUUCUCCCCGUACAGAGCUGCCACAAGUUCGUUCGCGCUUCAACCGGAACGACGCACAGUCGCCCUCAAACACACAGUCUUCUCCCGAUGGAGUAGCGGGCACGCGUCUCUACGUCGGCAACCUGCUCUACACAGUGCAGAAGGCAGACAUCGAGUCCCUGUUUGCUGAGCACGGUUACAAUGUUGCUCGUGUCACCAUCUCGACCGACCCGUUCACCGGGCGCAACCCUAGCUACUGUUUUGUGGAUCUCGACAGCCCAGAGGAGGCACAGCGGGCCAUCGCGGAGAUGAAUGGCCUGGAUGUGCGUGGAAGGGCGCUGAGAGUGAGUCCUGGCGUGGCCAAGCGAGGCCAGGGCCAGGAUCAAGGCGAGAACGGGACAGCACGAGAAGUCCGAGUCAAGAACUUUGACCGGGGACGGCCACGAGAGACGAGGGAAGAAAGAAGUACGGAGUACAAGCCAACGUUUGACCGCUGGAACCGUACCGAUGCCUCUUCUCACUGGCAAGCACCGCAGACCGAGGGACGGCGUCUGUUUGUCGGCAACCUCCCGCGCAUUGAACCUCAGUCUGCCCUCGACGAGGAAAUCCAGACGCUGUUCGCAACUCACCUCUCCGAUACAGGGAUCACGCCAACAACCGUGUCCAAGCUCAUCUCGCCGCAUCCGAGCAAAAUCGCGGGUGGCGAGCCUGGAAACUACUAUUACUGCUUCGUGGAUUUGGCCCGCGCCGAGGACGUAGACACCGUGGUCGAGAAGCUGGCCGGAGUCGAGGGUAGCUGGGGCGGAAACGUGAGAGUGGGCCGUGCGAGGGAGCAACGAGAGCGCGGAGGUCCCGAUAGAAAGGUGUUGAGGGAGCAAGGUCUCAAUAGUGAGGGAGACCGGAAAAUCCUCGAAGCCAGCACUUGGAGGAAAGGAUGA